UUGGCAUUUAUUCUACACGCUAAACCUCGAAUUAACUGAUCAAGGGUUAAAGCUAUACAAACCACCAAAGUACGACACUCUGAAGACGAAUUUGCGACCCAACCAGUGUGCGACCAUGGAUUUCAAGCCUUGAACAUCAUUUAUGCUGCAUCGAGACUAGAGCAUACGCAGCCAUGCGUGGAAAAAUUGGGCUCCUGAUUGCAUUUCUGACCGUCAUAUAUUUUGAGAACACGGUUAUUUCGAACAAAACUCGUCAAAUUAUAAACAAAGCACCACAGCAAUCAAACAGACAACAACAUGGUGGUCGCAAAUUGGUCGGCAAAGAUAUUAUUGACGUAUUCGAAAUGUGCACCCCCCCCCUAUUCCCCCUCCUUUAAUAAAUGUAGAAACGCAAAUCUUUUAAAGAUGGUUAAAAGAAACACAACUUUACCCAUCUGCCAAGUUUGAUCUUCUCUUAUAUUUGUAUGGAUUUUCAAGCUUUUUUGGAGGGACAAUGGGUGACAUGAAAAAAUGGUCGGCUUUUUUUCUUCGGUUGGGUUUUCAGUCGUAACUUUUUUGUUUGUUGCUGCAUUUUAGUGUAAUUUCGCAGAGCUACGAGGGAUAAGUGGACGAUAACGCAUGAGAAAUAUCAUCGCGGUUCGUUAACUUUUUCGGCAUCAAUUUAAUCGAUGAAGCGAAUAGGUCGUGGCCGCAAAGUGGGUAAGCUACCCUAUCUGUAUAUAACCCCUAGCUAACCUUAUAUAUACAGCAAUAUAGCGUAUCUAAUCCAUUCACCACAGUGAGUUAGUCUCCAUUUCAUGACACCAUAGGUCAGCAUGUUCCGGUAGUUGCUCGCCAUCCGUUAAAAUUACAUUCUCGUGAGUGUAAAUGAUAAUCGGUACUUUUCAUUUCAAUCUAUCCAAGUUUAAAUUUAACUGUUUUCAAGCCCGCAGAGUUACAUAGUACAAUAAUACAAUAAUGGCUGCUCGAUCUUUAACAUCACAUAUGCUGAAAAGUCUAAGUCUCCCAUCUCGGGUUGUGCGGAAUCACACGAAAGCACUAGCAAGCAUGGGAGUAAAAUCUGAUUAUAAAUAUCUUCCAUAUACAACAAACGGGAUGCCUCAACCACGCAACAGUUAUGUGAGAAUAUAUUCAACUGCUCAGACCAAUGAAAAUCUUGAACAUAAUGAAGAAAACAAGCAACAAUAUGAAGCAAAGGAGCAUGCAGUUGGGGAAGCAGACAAGUAUGAGUUUCAAGCGGAGACUGCAGAACUUCUAAAUAUUGUUGCAAAAUCACUUUACUCUGAAAAUGAAAUUUUUAUUCGAGAGCUUAUUUCUAACAGUAGUGAUGCACUAGAAAAAUAUCGUUACCAACAACUCAGUGAACAGGAUGUAGCCAGUAGUGAAGAAAACCUAGAAAUUAACAUAUAUCUUGACAAAUAUGAAAACACAAUUACCAUUCAGGAUAAUGGCAUCGGUAUGUCUGCAGAAGACCUCGUUUCGAAUCUUGGAGUAAUUGCUCGAUCAGGCUCAAAAAAAUUUCUUGAGGAAUUGAAGAGUCAAGGCAAAGGUGCGAAUUCUAUCAUCGGACAAUUUGGUGUUGGAUUCUACUCUGCAUUUAUGGUGGGUUCGAAAGUGGUUGUUUUCAGUAAGCCACACAAUUCUGAAGAGAAAGGUUUUAUGUGGACUUCUGAAGGUGGUGUUUCCUACGAAAUAUCAGAAGCCGAAGAUGUAUUACCUGGAACAAAAAUCAUAAUCACCCUCAAGCCGGAUUGUCGACAGUUUGCGACUGAUGGUACUGUGAAAGAAAUAGUACAGAAAUACAGCAAUUUUGUCAGUUUUCCAGUAAAACUUGAUGGAGUUCAACUAAAUACGGUCCAACCCUUGUGGACACAAGAACCGAGUCAAAUUGAUGAAGAUAUGCAUUUGAAUUUUUUCAGAUAUUUGUCAGGCUCACAAACUGAUCACUAUUUGUAUAAACUGUUUUACAAAACUGAUGCUCCGUUAAACAUUCGAAGUGUGUUUUACUUCCCUGAAAGCCGACCUUCUUUAGUGGAUAUGGCGAAAGAUACUAAAUCAGGAGUGUCCCUUUAUAGUAGAAGAGUGUUGAUACAAGAUAAAACCGAACACCUCUUGCCAAAAUGGCUUCGGUUCGUGAGGGGUGUUGUUGACAGUGAGGACAUUCCUCUCAACUUGAGUAGAGAACUCCUCCAAAACAGCUCAUUGAUUGCCAAACUUCGACAAACUUUAACUGGACGUUUGAUACGAUUUUUUGUUGAUCAAAGUAAAAAAGAUCCAGAGAAGUAUAAAAAUUUCCACUCUUCAUAUAAAAUGUUCAUCACUGAGGGAGUUUUAUCAGAAGACACUCAGGAAAAAAGAGAGGAGGUUGCACAACUGCUUAGAUAUGAAACAUCAAAUACAUUAGAAGGUGAAACCAAAAGUCUCAAUGAGUACAUAAGUGGAAUGGAAGAUGAUCAGCGUAACAUAUUUUACUUGUGUGCACCGAGUAGGCAGUUGGCUGAGACCUCCCCAUAUUAUGAAGCAAUAAAAAGUAAAAACAUGGAAGUACUUUUCUGCUAUGAGCCUUAUGAUGAAAUAAUGAUGUUGCAAUUGAAGAACUACAAUGGGAAGCAACUUUUUUCUGUGGAAAAUGAAAUAGUUGCUGACAUGUUUAAAGAUGAGAAGGGGACAAAGACUGAUGGUGAAUCACAAGCGAUUUCACCGCAAAUGGAUAAGUUCACACAAUGGGCCAAAGGAGUCCUAGGCGAUAGAGUUACGGAUGUUAAAAGCACAACAAAACUUGAUAAGCAUCCGUCCAUGGUCACAGUUUGGGAAAUGGGAUCUGUGAGACAUUUCAUUCGUAGCCAAUAUUUAGCUGAUCCUAAAGGUCUUUCUGAAAAAGAACGAUCUAUGCUAUUCAAACCUGUAUUCCAACUUAAUGUAAACCAUCCAGCCAUUAUAAAACUUGGGAAAAUUUACGAUACAGAAAGUGAACUUGCAACUCUGGCCCUUGAACAGUUAUAUGAAAAUGCCAUGGUAUCAGCUGGGCUAGUUGAUGAUGCCAGACCCAUGGUUGGCAGACUGAACAACCUAUUGACAAAAGUUCUAGAAAAGUUAUAAUAAGGCUACUUUGGGUUCGCCUGAGUGAUAUUUUAAUAAUAUAAAUAACAUUUCCAAUGCUAAACUUUAAAAAGAUUGGUUAGGUUUCUUUUAUUUCAUGUAUACAUAAAUAAGUUUUGAUUCACUUUCGAUUUCUGCGUAGGCAUAAAUAACAAAGAAUGUUUCCAGUAUUCUAUAUCAGGGGUGUGCAAACCUGGCACCUGCGGGACUGAAGGCGGCCCACAAAGAAAAAUUGUGCAGCUUGCGAAACGAAUUUUUAAUUUAGUUCAAUCUGAUAUGUGCGAGUAGUACCAAACUCUUUGUGUCGCAAAGCCUAUACCUGAGGCCUAGUCCAAUAUAUUAUGAUGAUAAAAUGCCCGAACAGCAAGCUUGUGCGAAGCAAUGCAUGUCAUAAGAUCAAUAAGCAAAAUUUUUGUUCCUGCAACUACCACAAAGCCCCUGUUAAAUAAAGGUGCAACCCAGUUUCACCCGGUUCAUUGCAUUUAGGUUGCACACCCCUGUUCCAUAUCGAUCUAGCUAACUGAUAUUAUAUUAGAAAAUGUGAUGUGAGCAGUUGCACUUGCGUAUUGCAUCUCCAAUAUAGAGCAAUUUCUGUUUCCAUUACACAAAGUUGGACACUUCAGGUUAUUCGAUACAAAUUGCAUUAAAAAGAUUAUCUUAGCAG